AACCUGAGUACGUUCACAUUCCUGUGUAAGUAAUUGUAUUUUUUUGCACUCACCGAUUUUGGUUGUACUAUUUUGUAUAUUUUUUUUGUGCCAAGUCUUACGUGCUCCGUCUUAUGCGCUAUACUAUAUUUAUUAUUCGCAAUCUGUAAUAUUUCCUAUUUUUUUUAAAAAUAUAGAUUAUUAUUACAUUGAUAAUUCUUGCCAGCUCCUUGCCAGAGCCACAUAGUACAUCACCACGAAACUAAUAUCGCUAAUAUACUGAUAUGAACUGGAAGAUGGUUAUCAUUCAAAGCGUAAUAACGAUAACAGAUAACGCUUUUACCUCUCCGUUUCUGUUGUUGUGAGCGUCUAUUGGAACUGUCGCCGGUGAUCAGCUUCAUCCAAAAAAAUAAAAAUAAAAAAUCUGAUUUUCUCCUUUUUGUUAUAGGCGCACAGGAUGGACAAGACGUAGUUUGUUAAAGAGACCACUAGCUAUAACAUAAACUUUUUACCAUUUAAGUACUGUCACAAGUCGAUCCAGAUUAUAUUAGCCCGUGGUUCUCAAACGGUGGGGCACGCCCCCCUGGGUGGGGGCGCGAUGUGCUUACAAGGGGGGCGCGAAGGCUGUCAUUUUUUAAGUUUCUUAUACCGGUAUUAGUGAAAUUAGCUUACAUCGCUGGCUAAGGGGGGCGCGCGGACUUACCUUUGUUCGUCAGGGGGGUGUCACAAGUAAAAGGUUGAGAACUGCUGAUAAAAGCUAAAAAAUAUUAGCAACGUUUUCUGUUCAACACAAAAUUUUCAGCGACUAUUAGUUUCUUUAUUUUAGAAAACUGCGGAAAACUCAGGAGAAGGGAACUAAGAUAUAUUUAUGUACUGAACACAGAUAUAGAACAAGAGAGAAAAAGAAAAGGAGAGUUAAGGGACGACAAAAGCUGACAUUUGGACAAAUUUCCACUUCAAAGUGUGCAAAAAAGUAUUUUUUUGGCGGGAAUGUUUACCAUAAUAUGUCGAAUCUUUCGGUUCAGAAACAUUUCACUAUUUGUCCAGAUUACAUAUAUGCUGAAGGCGGCAUUGUGUACAAAGAUCUUUUGUCUAGAGGAAAUAUGAUGAAUGACUAUGGAUUGACUCCUUUAAUGUAAACUUGAGCAAUUAUGUCAUAUUUGACGCACAUUUAUGUAGGACUGAGCAUUGCAAGCCAAACAAGAAAAGAUUUGAAAGAACAUAGUUUGUUUUUGCUUUUAAACACGCGCAAGAAAUAUUAACGUCUGAACAAACAAGUACCGUCCGACUGAACAACCUACUCUUUACAGACUUCACACGCAUUCAAGUAUAAUAUAUAUGUGUUUGAAUAAUAGUGUGUCUGGGUGCUUUUGGUACCAGCCAAUGAUAAGGAAACUAUCAGAUGUCAGAAGGGUUUGAGGGCAAAAGAUAUAGGUUGGUGGUCAGACACUGAAGAUCGUAAUCAGACUCAAUCAACCAACCGGCUGCAUCGAUUUAAGCAUGUCGCCAGGGCAGAGGGCACUCGGAUACAACCGGCUGUCUUGCACACUUCAUCCACGGUCCAGAACUAGUCACAUGUUUAAUACACGAAGUAAGAUCUUUCUGAAAGUCUAGGAAUGACAUGUAACAUGUCAGAUGUUAGUGGAAUGUCAAACGUGGUGACUGAGACCCUGAUAAAGCUACAAAAGUAAAAGGAAAGAACCUCCGUGCCGAUACAGAAACGUUGGUGAGACGACCGAAAGCAGUUCAGUGAUCACAGUGCACUCCAAGGACUUCAGUACGCAGCGAGAAUACAAGACAACACCAGUUCAGUAACGAUCUCGGUGUAUCAACUUAAACUCGACUCAACCGUCAGACCACGAACUUGUAUUACUGGACUGCUUUCAUGUUAACUACUAAAACGAGGCUGGUAUAUAUACAACUUCCGGUUUAGCCAGGUUUCAGCUUAACUACUAGAACGAGGCUGGUGUGUACAAAGCUUCCAGUUUAGUCACAUUCAUUGUUUAGGAUCUCUGAGACUAACAGUGGAGAACUUGGUAAGAGGCUAAGCUUUGGUCUCGGCAGACAGCAGUCCACCUAUACUCGUCCUUCAUUAGACUGGGAUGCUUGCUGUUUGACAAGAUCAUUUACUGAACCCUUUCAAGACUAUGAAAUUAUUUACGGUCUCUUGUCUGUUCAGUAAACUAGUUUCCUCUCUCAUCCAUACAAAAACAAACAAACAAACAAACAAACAAACAAACAAACAAACAAACAAAACAACAAACAACAAACAAGCAAACAAGCAAACAAAUAAACACGCGCACAUACAGUUUCUUUAUUAUUCCUUGCGGCCUUAGGAGGAUUUCAGACGUUGAUAGAAACGUAUUUUAGUCAUGAGCUCUACAAUAUUAUUAUUAAUAAGUCAUAUGUGUAUUACGUAACGAGAAUGAAAGAGGAUGGCUCCAAACUUUAAAGACGACUGAUAAAAAUUAUUUUAUUGAUUCCUUACGGUGGAUCUACUUGGAAAAAUAGACAUUUUCUUCGAGGUUCCCGGACGUAUACGAGUGAGCAAUUGAAGCCAAUCUUGCGCUGUAAGUGUAUGUGUAAACACUCACUGAUACCUGUAAAUAUUUCUGCUUUUAUCUUUGAUACAAAUUGGUUGACCGUUCUGUCACUACAAUGACGUCUGUCCAAGCGAUAGUUGACAAUUCCUCACACAGCUCGUUGCAGCAGGAGUACAAUGGCUCGUGUCUCAGACUGGACGACAAGAUGUUUCCUAUCGAGACCGUUUACGAGAGGGAGCAGGCCACGUACUUGACGAUAGUCAUUGCUGAUUUGGCGCUGAUUUCUGUAGUCAGUGUCCUCGGUAUCCCUGGCAACGUUUUAAAUGCCGCGGUCUUCUACAGACAGGGCCUGGGAGAGAGGAUCAACCUCUGUCUUUUUGCCCUGGCCAUCGUCAAUCUCAUCGUUCUGAUAUCACUGUUAAUGUCCACCGCGGAAGAGCUGUGUUCACAAACCUUCGGAUUCGUCUGGGUCGUGUCUCCCUUUGCAUACUGCCUAAGAGGUUUUGUGUGGGCCUCUCAGUUCCUGUCGGCGGUGAUCGCCAGUGAGCGGUGUUUCUGUGUCGUCAGUCCCUUCCACGCCAAGAGGCUGCUCAAGACGUCCACCAUGGCCGCCAUCAUCGUCGUCUGCUGCGUGCUGUUGACUGGAGGCAUGAACACUGUUGUGUGCCCAAAGUUUAACAGUGUCUGUAUAUUUAAUCCGAGUACAAACGUCGUAGAAAGAGCUAUAUAUGUCACAAAGUAUUAUCAGGAGAACAAAAGAAUACUUGACGUCAUAGAUAUUUUCGUCUAUUCCACUGCGCUGCAGGGAUUCUUUCUCGUCGUCAUUGGCAUCACGACAUACAUUACCGCCAUCAAACUGCGCGCUGCUCGAGCCUGGCGUCUAACCGUUAUUUUCAAAAUAACAUCAGAAGCAGAAAUGACAACGACACGACCAGAGGCAGACAGGAAGGACGUGAGCGUGACCUUGAUGCUGAUAGCAACGUCUGUAUGGUUCACCGUGUGCAUGACAGCAAACCUCGUCGUUCAGUUUGGCAGAAUCGUUGCGCCAGGUUUCGAGUCUUACUUACUUUCUCCAACGCUAAUAUCCUCACUAUGGCGGUUUGUCUUCCUCCUGUGGGCACUCAACUCAUCUUUGAAUUUCGCUGUCUAUUACAAGAUGGGUUCUAAGUUUAGAAAUAUGGUUAGUAUAUGUUGGGACGAAAAUCGUCACGGACAAAUAUUUAGUAAUGUUUUCGAUAAUCAUAAUUAUCGUUCCAUCGCCAUAUGUGUUAAUUGAUGGACCGUCGAAAAGAAAAUGCAUCACUAUAAAAUGUCUUGGCACAUAGAUUAAGGAAAUUUGCAAAAGACAAUCUUCCAAACAUUGUAAAGAUUACAGAUAAAAAGCGUUUUCAGUUUUGAAGAAGGG